AUGUCUGCUACCGAUCGGGUUCAAGCUCCUGCCCAGCUUCCCUGGGAUCCCAAUUGCACGCGAUUCACUACGCACGAGGAAAUGCUCAAGAUCCCGGGGGCACCGAAGGAUGCUGCAUGGGUGUAUGGGGGAAGGAUUCGGAUUAGAAGGGAAGGGGGGAGGUUGAAGCAUGGAAAGAGGGUUGGCUAA